CUUGCCAUAUUGAUGCGAUACAAAUUAUUCUAAGAUGCCUAAUAUAAUUAAAUAUAAAAUAAAUAUAAACCUUGAACUUGUUUUACUGUAAUUUCUCGCAUUAUGUCGUCAGCAUUUUCAAAACGUACAAAAGAAAUGAUGAAAAGUGUCAUACUUUAGGUUAUUCACGAAACUGCAGAGGCAUAUAUAUAUAAGGACUUGUUCAACAAUGGCUUUGGCGUGGACUGAUAAAUAUAAGCUCAUUACCAGGAAUCUGGCAGAAUGGCUGGGAGACGAGAAACUCAAGAGUAUCUUGAAGAAACGUGAUCUCAAGCUGUACUGGGGCACAGCUACAACAGGAAAGCCUCAUAUUGGCUACUUUGCGCCUAUGUCCAAAAUAGCUGACUUUUUACGAGCAGAAGCGGAAGUAACGAUUCUCUUUGCGGAUCUUCACGCAUACUUGGACAACAUGAAGGCACCCUGGGAACUGUUGGAGCUUCGUACUCAAUAUUAUGAAACUAUAAUCAAGGCAAUGCUGAAAUCCAUCGAUGUUCCACUGGACAAACUAAAGUUCGUCAAAGGAACUGAUUAUCAAUUAUCCAAGGAAUACACAUUAGACAUGUAUCGUCUGAGCUCGCUGGUGACGGAACACGAUGCGAAGAAAGCGGGUGCCGAGGUCGUCAAGCAGAUUUCCAAUCCUUUGCUGUCUGGUCUUCUGUAUCCAGGUUUACAGGCGCUCGACGAGCAGCAUCUGAAAAUCGAUGCACAGUUCGGUGGCGUUGAUCAAAGAAAGAUUUUCACUUUCGCGGAAAAGUACUUGCCGAUGAUGGGAUACGAGAAACAUAUUCAUCUAAUGAAUCCAAUGAUUCCCGGAUUGGCAGGCGCAAAGAUGUCUUCAUCCGAGGACGAUUCCAAAAUUGAUUUGUUGGACAAUCCUGCGGCGGUCAAAAAGAAGCUUAAAAAGGCGUUUUGCGAACCUGGAAAUAUCGCGGACAACGGAGUCUUGGCGUUCUCAAAACACAUCAUAUUUCCGCUAUUCAAAAAUGGCGAAGUAUUUAACGUAUCCAGAUCUGCAGAAUUCGGUGGCGACGUGUCCUUCUCCGAGUACGAGAGCUUGGAAGCGGCCUUCGCGAAACAAGAGAUACACCCCGGUGAUUUGAAAAACGCCGUGGAGGUGUACAUUAACAGACUCCUGGAUCCGAUAAGAAAGGAAUUUGAAAAUUCGAAGCUGAAGUCGCUUGCGAGCAAAGCAUAUCCUCCGCAAAAAAAAGCCGCGGAGGCGGAAAUUACUCCUGCGAGAUUGGAUAUCCGAGUGGGCAAAAUAGUCGAAGUGAAGAAACAUCCCGAUGCGGACUCGCUCUACGUGGAGAAGAUAGAUUUAGGCGAACCGAGCGGUCCACGUACCAUAGUUAGCGGUCUAGUUAAUUUCGUACCUAUAAAUGAGAUGGAGAACAGGAUGGUGGUAAUCCUGGCCAAUUUGAAGCCGGCGAAUCUCAGGGGAAUCUCAUCGCACGGAAUGGUCCUCUGUGCUUCGGUCGAGGAACCGACAAGGCAAGUGGAGCCUUUGAGACCUCCGGCGGGUAGCGUGCCGGGUGAUGAAAUUGUUAUCGAGGGAUACGAAGACGGGACGGCGGACGACGUGCUUAAUCCAAAGAAGAAAGUGUGGGAGAAGCUGCAGGUUGAUCUUGUGGUGAACGGUGAUGGUGUAGCUUCGUGGAGUGGAAAUCCACUGCUCACUUCGACGGGCGGCAAGAUAACGAGCGACUCUCUAAGAAACGUUCCCAUCAAAUAAUGCAUUUACGAUCAUCCGUAUUAUUCAUGACACCGGCUUCAAAUGGCCAAUAAUUUAUGUUGUUUAUACUUUUAUGAACUACCUGUUAUCUCAUCUUUUAUAUUUUUCUAGCAUGUAAUGUGCACAUGCGCGCAGAUAUGAGACUACGUAUGAUUACGUGCAAAAAUUUACAAAAAAUUUAGCAAACGUGUAGAUAAAUAGAUUCAAUUAUCAAAUUA